GCGGCCAAGGGAGUCCUGGGCAACCAAUGCUAUUAAUUGGAGUUGAGCAAUCCUUUUCAGUUGACAAUUCCUUUCCUUUCCAGUCAGCAGAAACGCUGUGAUGCGGUUUCUCAGACCAACUGUGGGUAAAAUUCUCUAACAGACGCUUUCUCAGUUGUUCUGCGAUAGCUUCAAGAGGAGGAAGAAGAAGGGGGAGAAGAAGGCUCACACAACAACAUGAGGGGAGACUUGUCAGCCAUUCUUUUCCUGCUGGUGCUCCUAUUCUCUGUGGCCAUCUUCAAUUCUUACAAUGGCAGUGGCACAAGCUCCUCCGUCCUCCCCUUCUUUCGUCUCUCCUCUGUGACUAUGUCUGCCCUCGCUCCCACUGAUUCUGCUCCAACAACUAUGCCUGCCCCGGCUCCCACUGAUUCCGCUUCCGCAACUAUGUCUUCCCCAACUCCUGCCGAUUCUGCUGCUGCACCGAUGCCUGGGUCUGCCCCUGCACCUGUGCCUGAGUCCGUCCCUGAAAUGCCCAACGCCACACCCAGCACCGUCUCCAAUGCUUCAGCGAUUACAGAGAAGACGAGAAGCAGCGUUGUUGAGAUGAGCAGGUUGGAGAAGAUGGAGGAGGGCCUUGCCAGGUCGAGGGCUGCCAUUAGAAGGGCCGUUCUGGGGCGAAACUACACUUCUGAUCGGAAGCGCCGGGGCUUCGUGCCGAGGGGGUCCAUCUACCACAACUCUUACGCAUUUCAUCAGAGCUACGUAGAGAUGGAGAAGAGGCUGAAGAUAUGGAUCUACAAGGAAGGGGAGCCACCCAUUUUCCACGAUGGUUCUAGCAUGGGCCUGUAUUCGAUAGAGGGCCAAUUCAUCCAAGAGAUGGACAAGAAGAGGCUGCCCUUCAUCACCAAUGAUCCAGAGCAGGCCUUGCUCUACUUCCUCCCAUUCAGUGUUGAAAGAAUGGUCAGGUUCUUUUACAAGAAGGGCAGUACUGUGAACGUUGUAAAACUCAUCUCGGUCGUGAUCAGUGAUUAUGUCCAGGUGGUAGCAAACAAAUACUCGUAUUGGAACAGCUCCAACGGUGCAGAUCAUUUCAUGGUUGCCUGCCAUGACUGGGCGCCAAAAGCUACAGUAAAAGAAGAAGUAGUCAGAAGUUUGAUCAGGGUGAUGUGCAAUGCCAACACCUCAGAAGGCUUCAACCCUAGAAAGGAUGCACCACUCCCCGAAUUCAACUUCAUGUUUCGUCUCCCCACCGUCGUCCGAGUCCCAACUCCACCUUCUUCAAAAAGGAUGUUGGCAUUCUUUGCAGGAGGCAACCAUGGCUCUGUCAGAAAGUUCCUCUUCGAACAGUGGGAUGGCAAGGACCCCCAAAUUCAAAUCUUUCAACGCUUGGCCGUGGGCCAAAAUUACAGGGAGUACAUGAUGAACGCCAAAUACUGUCUCUGCCCAAGUGGGUAUGAAGUCGCCAGUCCCAGGCUCACUGAAUCCAUACUAGCUGGUUGCGUGCCGGUGCCGAUUUCCGAUGGCUAUGUGCUCCCCUUCAGUGAUGUUCUAGAUUGGUCUCAGUUUUCAGUUCGAAUUCCAGUUCAAAAGAUACCCAAACUUAAAGAGAUUCUGAGCAACAUUCCUGAACAUUCAUACUUGAAGUUGCAGGCAAAUGUUAUGAAGGUUCAGAAGCACUUCGUGAUUAACGACCCUCCCAAGAGAUUUGAUGUUGUGCAUAUGUUGUUUCAUUCCAUAUGGCUAAGAAGACUUAAUCUGAGGUUAUAUGAUCUGUAGCCAUCCUUCUUAUAUUUGCUUGUCUAUUCUCUAUUGUUAGCAUUAUGUGAGGUUAUUUCCAUUUUGCGAUGUUCU